UUUCAUUCUGUCUUUCACUGUGUAUGUACUGUGUAUGUUGUGUCAUAUAUUAUUCAUAGAUUGUUAUUCCUUCUCUCACAGCCCAUCCCUCAAAAAUGCCAGGUUUUAAAUCACACAAGGAGGAGUUUAAGGUGGGUAAAGCAUAGUGAUGGAGGAGCAGAUGCAGAGGGGAGGAUGUGGAGUGAGGCAGGGCGGGGCUGCUGAGUGACGGAGAGGGAGGAAGCUGCUCGGCAACAUACGACCAAGGAACAGAGGCAGGAGGAGGAAGAGAGGGAGUAUCACCACAGGACGUGAGCGCCGGCAGCAGAGGAGGGAGGGGGGGGCUUCCAGACUGGAUGGGCCCAGCGAUGCCUUGAUGGAGUAUGGGCCAGGUUUUAGGAUUCUCCCACUGCCAGGAAUAUGGCUCAGUGGCAUCCACACCAGACUCAACCCCUCCAUGCACAGAUGGCGGAAAUGAGGAGUCUGAGAUGUACGAGCUGCAGACGGCCAGGGAAUGGUCUGAAGAUGAGGAGGGAGCAUCUGGAGAUCCAGAUGAUGAUGAGGGACUGGCAUCGUCCCCGUCCAUCUGGGGCACGCCACGUCAGAACUCCUUCGAGUUGACUUUCUCUUACAUCGCCAUCGCAGAGGCCGAGGCAGUGGGAGCCUCACGACAUCUCCGUGACCGACGCAGCAGAGGUGGCUCUCGGAGCAGCCGCACCCCUUUAAUCCGCACAGACACCCUGGAAACUCUUCUAGACUCCCCCGAUGUAGACUGGGACCCGCAGGCCUUCCUCAGUCGAGAGGAAGAAGAGGACACGUCAGAAAGGAGAGAGCAGGAGAGGUUUGAGGCGAGGACAGCGAGCGCAGGGGGGAGGAGGGAGAGGGAGUACCACGGACAAACUGAGACCAUUACAAUGCAGCCCUCUUCCCAAAACCCAGACCCAGAAACUCAGGGGAGAGACACAGAAAUCCAAAGAGAUGAGACUCAAAGUGGUCUGGCCCAGACUGUCCAGCCUCCCUCACCCCCCCAACAACACAGCCCCUCACACAUACUGCAGGCAGCGUCUGCAGCCUCCCCGGCCCCCGAACCAGAGUCUCCCGUCACCAGGGAAACCAUUUCAGUCAAGCUGCUCACAUCUGUGCGACCCAGAGGUGGACUGAAGGGAGACCCUGCGUCCUUGUCGCCAGCUGCAAGUGGCCUAAACUCUCAGGAACAGCUGGUCAGCGAACACUGUUUUUCAGCACUUAACCUAUCAGAGGACGCGUCAGUAUGCACUCACAUAGCAGUGAUGGACCUGAUCUACUGGAAGGACACAGAGCGGACGGGGAUGGUGCUCACAGGGCUGGUGGUGGGCCUGCUGUCCCUGUUUCAGCUCAGCAUUAUCACUGUGGUCUCCACAGUCUCCCUGGCUGUCAUGUGCUUUACCAUGUCUGUGCGAAUCUACUACGACGUCCUGUCAGCCCUCAAAUGGGGUGACGGAGUACACCCCUUCAAGUAUUACUUGGACCUGGACAUCAGUUUGAGUGGAGAGCAGGCUGACCGCUACAUGCAGAAAGCCAUCGUCAUGACGUUGUCUGCAGUCGACACUCUGAAGAGACUAUUUUUUGUGGGAAACCUUUUUGAUUCUCUCAAGUUCCUGGUUCUGAUGUACCUGGUGACAUACUUGGGACAACUGUGCAAUGGCCUUACUCUGCUCAUCAUCAGUGUGAUCGCUGUCUUUUCUCUGCCACUUUUCUACCAACGGCGCCAGGAGGAAGUCGACGGCGUCGUUGGUAAAAUCCAGGCCCAUGUUGACAAUGUUAGGGACAUUCUGCAGAGACUCGCCCAUGGUGGUCCUCCCCCUGACCCAACUCCUGGUGGCGCCAAACCCAAAACCCAGUAAACACUCGUGGACAGGAUCUUAAAGAGAAGCUACCAGAGUUACAGGCUGUCACUCAGAUGUCUUAAUCGGCAGUCUGUUCUCAGUGCUCCAGAGAGCAGGGAAGGGAAGGGAAGUUACUUUAAACAACAAUAAUAGGGAACACGCAUGGUGUUGUAUACUCUACCUGUUUCUAAAUUGUGGGGUUGGAGGAGGGGGUUGAUUCGUACGUACUCGAGGUGAAAUGAAGGUGUAUGAACACUGAACGAGACUCUUUGCUGCUGACAUCGGAGAUAUUCUGAUGGAAAGAUUCAACAAUAUCAUGUGAGACCAUCAUUGAAAAUGUACUCUGUUUCUAAAAAUGUCAAGAAGUGUCUUAGAUCAUUGACAGCUGUGAUGCAAAUGUUGUACUGAAAAGACCAGAAUGGGGAUUUCUGCAAAUAAGCCGUGUGUGUGCUUCCCACUGACAGCUCCACAGCUCUAAUAAAUCAGUGGUUGAAGUGAUUUAGUUUAGCAAAAACAGGGGUCUCCAUAAUUCAUGGCAGCAUAAAACUGGCAAUUAGGAUGCAUGUGUCUAUGUGACAGCACAUGUACAGUAUAUUUCUGAAUGCAUCCAUCUUCAUGACUGUUUAUCUGUGCGUAUGCAAGUAUGAGUGUGUUUGCGAGUGUGUGUAAUUUAUGACAUACAGCCUGCUGAAUUGAAACUGUCACCUACAAGCUAUUAAAGACACAUUUCUUCUUUAUUUUCUACACUUUUUAUCCACAAAAGGCAUUAUUGUCCUUCACACAGUCCAUCGUUACUUUCUGCUCCAGUUUUCCUCACACUGCUUACACCACUGGGAGAAGUGAAACAUAAUAUUUAGAGAGCCAAGUGAGUAGUGAUCUUUAUCUUUUGCAAGAAGCCCGAUAGUGGAGAUGUAUCAUAAACGGUUUGAAAUUACAUGACAGGAAGUGACUGAGAAGCACUUGAGAUGUCAGUUAAUUUAUCACUGGAUGGAUUGAUGAUAAAAAUAAGUGCAAAGAUUUAGUAUUGAUAUCCUCUCUGAGCUCUUGAUGUGUCUAUCUCCAGCCUUGUAUGAAACAAUGUGAAGGAAUGUGGGAGUGAAAUACAGCAGGUGCCUUUCUAACUGCAGGUUUUAUUGCAUGAUUUCAUUCACGGUACUUAACAACAGCUUUCAUCAACAGCCUCCCUUAACAAGCCAAUGGUGUUUUGUAUGUGUAUAAUACUUGUGUGAUAGUAUAUGUGUACCAUGAGCAGGUAUCUUAUACAGAAUUGUAAGUAGAUCAAUUUUAGGAUUAAUAAAAUUAUUCAGGACACUGUACGGCUCAAGUUCACAUUUACCUUUUACAGCUGUUGUUCCUAUGCCUUAUUACUGCACAUUUUGUCUUUUAUUUAUUUAUUUUUUGUCCAUUUCCACCAGCCUCAGAUAUCCUCAGCUGCUUAAUAUUGGAGCUAGCUGCACACACUGGCCUCCUAUAGUAGUUUACAUCCCAAUAGAAAAUAGAAUACAGAUGGCAAAUAAAUCCAAAGUACUAUUUAGUUCACAUUACAGCAUUCAUAAUGUGUAAUUUAACUGUGACUCAUGUCAAAUUGCUCUUUACAGGGUAUUCAUACCACUUCAGCAUCUUAUUACAUAACAUACGCUGUUGAAGUGUCAAAAAUACUUUUUAAUUCUGUGUAGAUGGACUAUCCAAAUAAACAGUUACUUCAAACUGUACUAAAAGAAGCUCCAGUUUAUCUUGUCAAACCUACCAUUUCUUUGAAACCUUUCAGUAAAUUGAGAUGUUAUAUGCUAUGGGUUCUGCUGUAAUUUAUAGAACUACAGAUUGUGGCUUGG